GGGGGUGAUGGGGUGUCCCACAAAGCCAUAGGUUGUGUCUCUAGAACUUGGGGUGCAUUCCAGGCGUGCUCUCUCUAAUGGCGUCAUCCUCACCCGUGGCUUCAAUUUGACCCCGCUCUUUGGACACCCGGAUUCUGCCUCCCAGGACCUCUUCUAGCGUCGGAAGGAGUGAUGAGGGUGUGGAAGAAGGAUCUAAAAGAGGAUGAAACCGUUGCUACUGCUUAUGUUGAUCCCGUUUGCUGGAGCUGAAUCUUGCCCUCAGAUGCCCUGCAAGAAUGGUGGGACUUGCUUGAAUCACUCUAAUGGGACGUCUUCCUGCCUGUGCCCUCCUGGCUAUGUAGGAGACACGUGCCAGUUUGCAGAUCCCUGCACCCCUGUGCUUUGCCAGAACGGGGGCACCUGCUCGUCCAGGGCUCUGCCUCCCUCAGCUGCCCCCGAGUACAUAUGUGUGUGCCCUCCUGGUUUCACUGGGGAGAAAUGCCAGGGAGUGGUUGGCGAUCCCUGCUUCCCAUCACCCUGCCAACAUGGAGGAACAUGCCAGCGGGUUUCUGGGAAAGACCAUCAAUGCCAGUGUCUGUCAGGAUGGACAGGGAAGAACUGCCAGUUGAUGGAUUUCUGCCCAGCCAACCCUUGUGCCAACGGUGGGACGUGUGUCAUCACCUACCCUGUCAUCGUCUGCCAGUGCUGGCCAGGCUUCGAAGGCCACACCUGCCAGCAUGACAUCAACGAAUGUUUUGGGUCCCCCAGCCCCUGCCUCAACGGCGGCAGCUGCGUCAACAGCAUCGGCUCCUUCCGCUGCUUCUGCCCGCCCAACUUCACCGGUCCUCUCUGCCAGUACCAGCUGGGGCCUUGUUCCCCGGAGAUCUGUCUCCACGGGGGCACCUGCCAUCACGUCGAUGAAAGAUACCACGGCUGCCUCUGCCUGCCAGGGAAUUAUGGUUCUUUGUUAUUAGCGUUGUUGUCACCCUUGCUGGCUAUAAGGCAUUGUGGCCGUACCCCAAAGCCCCCAAAAUGUAGUUUAAGACACCCAAGGAAGGAAGUGUGGAUGGAAGCUUUUUCUCAAAGAUCAAGCCAGAGGAAAAGUGGGAUUCUGAAGGGAGAGCAAGUCACUGUUCAGGAGCUCCAGGGGAGAAAACUCUUCUCCAUUUGCCCAACGAUUGGGACUCUGGAUGGGGGAGGUCUUGAGUGCCAUCCCCUCCAGUCCACUGCCCACAGUCUUUAGUAACCAGGCAUGUUCAUAGUGAGACAGGCUGCAUCUAAGCUAUUAAUUCAGGCUGCAGAUGGCAGGUUGGUGAGAUUAAAUGUUCCUCCUCCUCCUCCUGUUCUUCUGAAUAUUUUUGCAGCAUAGCAUCUUGUGGCAAGUCAGCUUAUUUGUCAUAAUUAAUUCAGUAACCACAUUGAGUGCACUGUGUAAAUGCAACCAUGGUUCUUUUCCCCCCCACACUUUUCUCCCAAAAUUUGUCCCAGAAAGGGUGGGACUGAUUUGUUUACCCCUUUAUUUCAAACCAAUGCCUUGAAUUGAGCUAGCCCCCAAAACAACUGAUGUCAUUACUGUUAGUGGUGCCAGUCUGUAGCCAUGAUUUAGAAAGUUACCGCCCCCUUCCACAUUUCAGCCACCACAGCAAUCCCCAGUAGCACUUAGCUGUACAGGUAGUCCUCGCUUACUGACCAUCUUGUGCAGCAACCGUUCAAAGUUACAACGGUGCUGAAAAAAUAACUUUGCGACCAAGGGCCACAUUUAUAACCUUUGCAGUGUCUCUCUCUCUCACUCACGUGUUUGUCAUUAGUCAGUUAGUAGGUGCUGUCCUGUGGCUGACCUUUUUUUUUUUUAUUCUCCCCUCGGAGAGAAGAGAAAUUGGAGAGGAAGGGAUUACAAAAGAAUAAGGAGGUGCAUAAUGGAGAAUACCCCUGCUGUUUCCCUAUGGUACUCAUGGUUCCCAGCCCCGAGCGCAUAGGCAAACAGCCAGCGCCAGCACAUUCCUUUCUUUUUCUUUUUC